CCCGGCGAGUGCGGAUGCAUGAUUGAAACAUUAUUCUGCUCUGGCUGCUCAAUGACACUUGGCAAUAUCUAUAGAUGCACCCCAAAGCAUCUCGACUACAAGAGGGAUUUGUUCUGUUUCAAUGUUGACUCAAUUGAAAGUUACAUUCUAGGUUCCUCAGAAAAGCAAGCUCUUACUGAUGAGGAACCUUUAACUCUUGAAAAUCGAGCUGUCUUGGAAGAGGUGCUACAAAGGGCAGACACUGUAUUAAAGGCUCUGGAGACAAGACUGACUGCUGUUGAAUCGAGUAUGGCUUCUCUUCACAAUAAAGUCUGAGAGAAGUUACAUGCAGGAAGUUUUACCUGCAGGAGAAUGAUGUAUGUGAAACUCGUCCUUGCAAUCCUCUGAAGUCUGUGGCAACAUUGCAAAAGCUGUGCAAAGAACUGAAAGACACUGGUGGCUCAUGCUGCGGUAGAACAAUGCUGACUGUGAGUCUUCACCAUAGACAAGGAGUUCCUCCCUUUUCUGUUAAAAGGAUACCCCAGAAAGGAACAGAAUUUUUUAAUCAAGUUUCUGUAGACUUUUGGUUUAUAUGUAAAUAUUUAUUUAAAUUUUUAUCUCUGAAAGCAAAGCAUUUAUCUCCUGACUUCCCUGCUAUCUAAUAUCUCCUGAACUGGGUGUGCUUCUCCUUCC